AUGACACGAGAGCAGUAUAUAUUAGCAACACAACAGAACAGCCUUCCAAGAACUGAAAAUCCUCAGUUUUACCCAGUAGGGAUUUAUGGAUGGCGAAAGAGGUGCUUAUACUUCUUUGUACUUCUCCUGUUGGUUACCAUGAUUGUUAACUUAGCAAUGACAAUAUGGAUUUUGAAGGUUAUGAAUUUCACAGUGGAUGGAAUGGGAAAUUUGAGAGUCACUAAAAAAGGAAUACGACUUGAAGGAAUAUCUGAAUUUCUACUUCCACUAUACGUGAAAGAAAUCAAUUCCCGAAAGGAUAGCCCACUGGUCUUACAGUCUGACAGAAAUGUAACAGUGAAUGCGAGAAAUCACAUGGGACAGUUAACUGGACAACUGACAGUAGGAGCUGAUGCUGUGGAGGCCCAGUGUAAAAGGUUUGAAGUGAGGUCAAGUGAAGGUGGAAGAGUGUUGUUUUCUGCAGAUGAAGAUGAGAUUGUCAUUGGAGCUGACAGACUGAAAGUAACAGGCACGGAAGGGGCAGUGUUUGGGCACUCUGUGGAGACACCCCAUAUCAGAGCAGAACCUUCCCAAGAUCUCAAACUUGAAUCUCCCACUAGAUCCUUGGUGAUGGAAGCACCCAGGGGAGUGCAAGUCAAUGCAGCUGCAGGAGACUUAAAGGCCACGUGUAGGAAAGAACUGCACUUACAGUCUACAGAAGGGGAGAUAUUUUUAAAUGCAGAUACUAUUCGCCUGGGAAAUCUACCAGUGGGCUCCUUUUCCUCCUCUUCACCUAGCUCUUCAGCUCCUCGCCAGACUAUCUAUGAGCUCUGCGCCUGCCCCAAUGGUAAACUUUAUCUGUCCCCAGCAGGAGCAGGCUCCACAUGUCAAUCCAGUAGCAACAUCUGCUUGUGGAGCUAG